CUCGCCCAACCCCACAGCCAGCCAGCCAGACUGCAUCGCAUCUUGCAACUCGACACUCACCUCCAACCCCCACAGCACAACCUCGACCACAAUGGGCGCCCUCCUGUCCAUUCCAAUCUUCACGGGCGCAGGCGCAAUCGGCAGCUACCUAUGCUCGGGCUGCAUGGUCUUCAUGGGCGGCACGGCCGCGUCCGCCAUGUGCAAGUCGUGCAACUGCAACUCGUCGAUCGCGACGCGUGUAGGCUACGGCCUCAUCUUCGCUCUGUCGUCCAUGCUGGCGUACAUAUCCCGCACAGACAUUGCCAUUCGGCAACUGGAGAAGAUUAGCUGGGACUGGAUCAAGAUGGACUGCUCAGGCGGCAAGUGUUAUGGCCUACUGGCCGUCCACCGCUUCUGCUUCGCCCUCGCCCUCUUCCACCUCAUCCACAGCGUGCUUCUAAUCGGCGUCAAGUCGACAAAGGACAAGCGUGCCGCCAUUCAGAACGGAUGGUGGGGCCUCAAGCUUGUCGCCUACUUCCUCCUCGCGUUCAUCUCAUUCCUCAUCCCCAACGAGUUCUUCAUGGUCUACGGCUCGUACAUCGUCCCGAUCGGCGCGUUCGUCUUCAUUAUUAUCGGUCUCGUCCUCCUCGUCGACUUUGCCCACACGUGGUCCGAGACGUGCCUUGACAACUGGGAACGCACGGAUUCCAACAUGUGGCAGUUUAUUCUCGUCGGCUCGACCUUUGGAAUGUACGUUGCCUCGCUCACCGUCACGAUUGUACUCUACGUCUUCUUCGCCGGCUCGGGAUGCGGCCUCAACACGUUCUUCAUCACUGCCAACCUCCUCCUCUGCGUCAUUGUCACAAUCGUUGCCAUCUCUGGCCCCGUCCAGGAGGCCAACCCCCGCUCUGGCCUCACCCAGGCAAGCAUGGUCGCGGCGUACUGCACGUACCUUACUUCGUCGGCUGUGAUCAACCACACCGACGACUCGCACUGCAACCCUCUUCAGAAGGCGGCUGGCUCGACCAAGACGACGACGGUUAUCCUUGGUGCGCUCUUCACCUUUGUCGCCAUUGCCUACUCGACCUCGCGUGCCGCCACACAGUCCAAGGCGCUCGUUGGUAACCGCAAGUCCACUGGCCAGAUCGCGCUCGGCGACGACGCCGGCGAGGACGGAGAGGUUCGCCUCAUCACCAACCAGCCCAAGGGCCGCCGCGAUGAGAUGCGCUACCAGGCUAUCCUUGCCGCUGUCAACGCCGGUUCCCUCCCUGCCUCGGUUCUCGACGAGCCCGAGGACGACGACGACGACAUCGAGGCGACCAUCGGGGAGGAGCGCGACGACGAGCGUGCCGGCACCAAGUACAACUACUCGUGGUUCCACAUCAUCUUCCUCAUGGCGGCCAUGUACGUUGCUGGCCUGCUCACCGACUGGCGUAUUGUCUCCAAGACACCUCUCGAGCACCCCGACCCCGACUCGAGCCCCAACCGCUUCGCCAGCUUUGGCAUGUCUACCUUUGCCGAGCCCGAGGUCUACAUUGGCCGGUCCGAGGCGACCAUGUGGAUGCGUGUCGUCAGCAGCUGGAUCUGCUACGGCCUGUACGCUUGGAGCCUGCUGGCUCCUCUGGUCAUGCCUGACCGUUUCGGAGACGAUUAGGCGUGUGAGGCCCAACAUCAACACAAACCACAAACGAUUAGAAGUGUAUCUGCUAUGCAUUGUUACCCAU